CGUGCGCGGAUGUUCGUGCUGUGUCGGUCGGGAUCGAGAUGUCGGGCGCCGGAUGAACGUCUGGCGGAUAAUCGGGAGUUGGCAGAUGGAUGAUGUUCGUAGCCGCAGGGAGGGUCGGGCGGCGAAUUGCCUCCAGAUCCACAAGAACCCGGCCACAACCCGGGGCCAGCCGGCUGGAGGGGCUUCCUCCAAGAGCCCGCCGAGAUGACUUCGCGCGAAUGGUACAAAAGAUGAGCGCAAUGGCUUCAGAAGGUGUAUAUUUGUUUUUGUUUUUUAAUCGUAGAUGACUGAAUGAAACUGAUGCCACCAGUUUUCAGGUCAAACGCAAUCUCCA